UGGGGACGAUAGCCCGCAUCCUGGUGGCCUUUCCGAUUGCUUCUUCCCGUUAAAGAGACAAAAGCAGAUACCAUUCGUCGUUGGACAGGGGAACAUCUGGACGGAGCCGGCGAAAAUGUCGGAUCAUUCUGAAUCGGAUACCGAAAGGCAUCGGGCAUACGAGGAAAGUCAACUCAGUGACGAAGAGCGUGAACCGCUGAUGGACGAGGGCCACCAAAGCGAUGCGGAAGACGGCCAGAUAGACGAAAAUGCACCACAAAGCGAAGGGGAGAAUGAGCCCUCGUUCGACGUGGGUCGUCGCCGUAGCGAAGAAGCAGGCGAUAGUUAUCAAAAACAUCGCGAAAAUGACAGAGAGCGGGGGGAACAUGGAACCAGUGAUGCUGAGGAUGAUGACCACAUGGUCGACGCACCAGUUGCAAGUUUGAAGAAAAAGAGCCAAGUGGUAUCUGACGAUGAAGGUGAAGGAUCAGGAGAAGAAACGGCACGUCCGUCGUCCAAGAAAUAUGGGACAUACAGUGAUGAAGACGAGGAAUCAGAAGAGUCGGACGAAGAAAUGACUGAGGCGGACAAGCAAUUCAUUGUCGAUGACGCCGAGGAUGAGGAGGGGGGCAGGGUACAUAGGAAGCGAAAGCGCAAGAAGAGAAGAUCUCCAACUGAUUCGGAAAGUGAUUUGGAUGAGGACGACUUGGACCUCCUCGAUGAAAAUGCUGGAGGCGGAAGGACUUUUAAAAGGCUUCGACGAAAGAUUGAGGAAGAUGAUGUGGCAAAGAUGUUCUCUGACGAGGAAGAGGCUGGUGCAACUCGUGAUGGAAUGCAAUUCCACGAACGCGAGCUUUACGAUGAGGAUGAUAUGGAGGAUUUCAUUAUUGACGACGAAGAGGGUGAAGUUGGAGAAGUGGACCGCGCGGAGAUUGUAGCGCAACGACGCAAGGAAAGAGCCGCCAUGGGUCAAAACUUGGGUCGGGCUCUGGGCAUAUCGGACGAGCAAUGGAGAGACACUCAAUACUUGAUCGAUUUUGAGAUGGAUUAUGGUUGGGCACUAAACCCUAGCAAGGUUGGGAAGGAUAUGAUGGCCAUAGAUGAAGAUGAAGAAGAGGUCUUGGCUCCGAAACCGAAGGAAGUUAAGCUUGCAGAUAUCUAUGAACCUACGGAAAUCGCAGAGAAACUUCUGACGGAUGCGGAUGAGCUGAUUCGCAUGACCGAUUUACCCGAACGGCUACAGCUUCGAGGAGACUUUCCUCCACCUGACCUCGGAGAGCUUGACCGUGAAGCACUCUACAUUAGACGUUAUCUUGUGGAGGAGAAGCACAUGAAGGAAGGUGCAAUGCCAGAUCAGUCUUGGACAGAAUCCAUUGGAAAAGUUUUGCAGUUCCUUCGAGGGGAAAACGAGAAAGGGGAGCGAUUGUUCUUUGAAGUUCCGUUCAUUCAUGCGCACCGCAAAGACUAUACCGAAGGACGACUCGACCUACUCGAUCUGUGGAGAAUUUAUGAGCUGGACUUCCAGUUUAUGGCAUUUGAGGCGAAGAAGAAAAGUGUUAGAGCUGCGUUAAAGGAAAUCACACAAAAAUCAGAGCAGGCUGCAGCUGAUCUUUACAUCGAAGAGGUCCUCGAUCGAGCGAGCUCGAUGGAGGAAGUGAUGGACGUAUCGCAAUAUAUGCAGCUGAAGUACGGAAAGGAGUUGGCGCAAGCGGAGCAGACACGGCGACAAACAUUCAAACGUGCCAAACGGAAGACACCUUAUGAAAUAGCGCGGAGCGCUGGUCUCGGUGAAAUUGUGCAGAUGUUCAAUUGCGAUGCUCGACGUAUUGCAUCCAGCAUUUCCGCCUUCCGAUCGCGGGACGCUAAAGUCCCGUCCGAAACACCAUUAGAGGUGGCGGAGCGAUAUGUGGAAGGCCCGUACAAGAGCGCCGAAGCCGUGCUGGAAGCGGCCCGUAUGAUGUUGGCAGCAGAAAUAGCAGUAGAUCCGACAUUUCGUGCUUUCGUGCGGAAAGUAUACUCCACAGAUGCCGCGCUGACUGUCACUCCUACCAAAAAGGGCAAGGCCGAGAUUGAUGAAACACAUCCAUAUUAUCCUUUCAAAUACCUCACGAAUAAGUUCCUAUUCGAAUUCAAUGAUGGGCAAUUCUUGCAGAUACUUGCUGCUGAGGAGGAGGGCCUGAUUGAGCUGGAGAUGCGUAUCUCAGCGGAGGAAGAGUUUUUGAAUGAUGUCAUAGGCAGAGCGUGCUUGCCAGCAACAAGUGGUAUUGCAGAAGACUGGAACGACCAGAUUCGGAAGACUCUUGAGCAUGCUUGUAAGGACCUUAUUUUUCCGCAGAUUGUAAAGUGGCAGAAGGAGAGGCUUGGAUUGAAGGCUGCAGACUUUGUUGCUUUGCAAUGUCAAAUCACUCUUGAAAAGAAAAUCAACAUGGCCCCCUUCAAACGUAGUGAGGAUGCCGAUGCCGAUGAAUGGGAUCCACGCGUCUUGGCCAUCAGUUGGGGCGAUGGGGAGCCAAAUGCCGCAACGUUUGCGGUUGCACUCAAAGAAACCGGGGAGGUUCUGCAGUGGAAUAAGCUCGACCGCCUACGGGGACCUAUUGAUCACCGAGGACCGGAUGCGGAUGCCCUAGUAAGCAUGAUAGUACGCCAUGAACCGGAUGUCAUCGCUAUUGCCGGAUUCAAGCCGAAUACGAAGACAAUGCUGCACAGAACGCUUCAGGACAUUGUGCAAGAGGCGCUUGUCAGCGGGCGCAUCCGAGAGGAUAUAAAAAUCAUUAUUGUGGACGACGAGGUCGCCAGAAUUUUCAUGAACUCGAAACGGGGCCUCAGGGAAUUCCCAGAAGGCGCGUAUCCACAGCUUGUGCGUUACUGUGUUUCUCUCGGCAGACGAGUACAAGAUCCUACCACAGAGUUUGCGGGCUUGAUGGACAUGAACAGCGACAUUUUGCAUUUAAGAUUGCAUCCGGUGCAACAUUUGGUUCCACCUGAAAAACUGAAGCAGGCAUUGGAAAAGUCCUUCGUAAAUGUCGUCAACACCUGUGGUGUGGAUAUCAACUUAGCCGCUCAGCAUCCACACAGAGCAAGUACCCUCCAGUUCGUAGCUGGCCUAGGGCCUCGAAAAGCACAGUCCUUUAUAUCUAAAAUAAAGAGAUCGGGAGGCCGACUGGAAUCACGCUCACAACUAGUCAAGAAGGGUCUUUGUGGCAAACGAGUAUUUAUGAACUGCGCGUCCUUCAUUCGUAUACGAUCCAGGCACUUUGCCCGGUAUGAGGCGAAUUUGGACGUUUUGGAUGAUACUCGUGUACAUCCUGAAGAUUAUGAUCUGGCGCGAAAGAUGGCAGCGGACGCUCUUGAUUACGACGAUGCCACUGUGGAAGAGGAGGAGAACCCUUCGCUUCAUGUUGCUGAGCUGAUGGAAAGUGAGGAUGUUGAGAAAUUGGCGCACUUGGCUCUGGAUGAGUUUGCCAUGGAACUCGAGAGGCGUCUUAACGAAAAGAAAAAGAUGACCUUGAAUGACAUUAUGAAAGAAUUGAUGGCGCCUUACAGUGAGCGCCGACAGAGUUUCCAGCCAGCAACCCCAGACGAGAUCUUCGGCAUGCUCACGCACGAAACAGAUGAAACACUCCGCGAAUCCAGCAUCGUAUCGGCUCACAUCGUUCGCGUGACAGAUCGGUUGCUCAAAUGCCGCCUGCCUUCAGGAAUUGACGGUCUCAUUCACAUCCGCAAUAUACCGUUGGAUCGUAUCCAUGGUCAUGAGCCUUCCUUGGGCGAGAUAUACCAGGAGGAUACUGUUUUGGAGGCAAAGGUUGUGAGAGUUGACAAGGAAAAGCUGGCGGUUGAGCUAUCGCUGAGGGACUUGGAUCGCAAUCGGCUGCGUCUCAUGGUUCCGGUAGACCCCCGAUUUGAUCGUGCCAGACAGGCCAUUGAGUACGAUGAGAGGGCCGCUGAACGCAACGUGGAGGUGCGCAAGUCCAAAUCGAAGCAAGUUCGCAUCAUCAAACACCCUUACUUCAAAAUCAUGGAUUACAAAUCUGCACAACAGUAUCUGUCCGAUAAGGACGUCGGCACGGUGGUUAUUCGUCCAUCAACGAAAGGCAACGACCAUUUCUCCAUCACAUGGAAAGUUGACGAAGACCUGUAUCAGCAUCUUGACGUCGUGGAGGGUCAAAAGGAGAACGAGAUGGCACUGGGCAAAGUGCUCAUGCUCGAGAAUGAACGCUAUUAUGAAAUCGAUCAAAUCAUCGCGGAGCACAUUGAACCAACCAGCCGACGCGUUCAAAAUAUGCUAGUACAUCCAAAGUAUCAGCGAAGGACGGUGGCUGACAUGAUGAAAUUGGUCGAAGAGCAGGCCGCCGCCACCCGACGCUCUGCCUAUGGCUUCAUUCAAGUCCCAGACCGACCCUGUCACUUUUUCUUAGUCUUCAAACAUCCACAAAGUCGACCACACCAGGAAUACGUCCUUGUAAAUCACCGAGGCUACGUAUUCCGCAAACGAGUCUUCGAUACUAUCGACGGCGUAUUGAAAUUCUUCAAAGAAGAUGAAGCACGGCGAGCAAACAGUUCACGACCAAGAGGGCAUGGUCAUACCGGACAGACACGCGCGCCGGCUCCACCACCCCCUGGAGGAUAUAGGAACGGGCCACCACCUCCCGGUCAAUAUCCACCGCGGGCACCACCACAUAUGCCUGCACGAGUAUAAACGAAAUCAAAUUCUCGUAUAUAUUCUUAUCCUGGAAGGACGGGCCAUUAACGUACAUGAAUACAGAGCACCGCCUGCACCUUUUUCUACUAUCGAUAUAAACUUAGUUUGCACUUUUUUAAAACCUCCGCAAUCUGACUUCUACGAUAUGGUUUUGUAGCUACACAG